AUGUCUAUCGAUUUUCCGAAGGAGGAGGUCGCAACCAUUGACCGAUGGCGUGCCAUUGAUGCAUUCCACCGUCAGCUCGAAUUAUCCAGCGGCCGUCCGCAUUAUACAUUCUAUGAUGGGCCGCCCUUUGCAACGGGCUUACCUCACUAUGGGCAUUUACUAGCUUCGACAAUCAAAGACAUUAUUCCAAGAUACUGGUCUAUGAAAGGCUAUCAUGUUGAGCGCAGAUUUGGCUGGGACACCCACGGGCUGCCAAUCGAACACGAAAUCGACAAGAAAUUAGGGAUAUCCGGAAAGGCAGCCGUUACCAAGUUCGGAAUAGAAAAGUACAACGAAGAGUGUCGCUCCAUCGUCAUGCGCUAUGCUUCGGAGUGGCGAGUGACAAUUGAACGAUUGGGACGGUGGAUAGAUUUUGACAAUGAUUACAAGACAAUGGACCCCAAGUUUAUGGAGUCACUGUGGUGGGUUUUCAAGCAGUUGUUCGAGAAAGGGCAGGUGUACCAAGGCCAUCGGGUCAUGCCAUAUUCCACCGUCCUCACAACUGCAUUAAGCAACUUCGAAGCCAACCAGAAUUACCAGGAUGUGACUGAUCCUGCAGUAGUGGUGUCGUUCCCCUUGGUUAAGGACCCCAAUGUCCACUUGUUGGCCUGGACGACGACUCCCUGGACACUGCCUUCUCACACUGGUCUUGCUGUGCAUCCUGAGUUCGAAUACAUCAAAAUACAUGACGAGAAAUCCGGAAAAGUCUUUGUGAUACUGGAACAGCUUCUAUCAACUUUGUAUAAAGACCCCAAGAAGGCAAAGUAUUCAGUGGUCGAUAAGGUCAAGGGGAAAGAUAUGCUGGGAUGGCAAUACAAGCCACUUUUCGAUUACUUUUACAAAGACUUCAAGGACUUUGGUUUCCGUGUUCUCAAUGGAACUUAUGUCACAGCAGAGAGUGGUACGGGAAUUGUGCAUCAAGCGCCCGCCUUUGGCGAGGAAGAUUACAAUCUUGCCGUUGCCGCGGGAGUUAUCACUGAAAAACGGCCACCGCCAGACCCGCUUGACGAUACUGGCCACUUUACGGAAAAAGUACCAGACUUUGCUGGCAUGCAUGUCAAACAAGCAGACAAACACAUCAUCAAGCAUUUGAAAGCUGCCGACCGCUUGGUUGUUGAGUCACAAUUACGACAUUCAUAUCCAAUGUGCCCUAGAUCGGACACCCCCCUUAUUUACCGGGCGGUGCCUUCCUGGUUCAUUAGAAUCCCUGAAAUCAUCCCCGACAUGCUUGAAAACAUAGAAAGCUCCCACUGGGUCCCUUCUUUUGUCAAAGAGCGUCGAUUUGCUAGCUGGAUCGCCAACGCUAGGGAUUGGAACGUGGGAAGAAACCGAUAUUGGGGCACACCUAUUCCUCUUUGGGUCAGUGAUGACCUGGAAGAAAGGGUCUGUAUAGGGAGCAUCGAAGAGCUUCGCUUACUCAGCGGUUACAAAGGCGAAUUAAAAGAUCUACACAGAGAUAAGGUUGACCACAUCACUAUUCCGAGCAAAAUGGGCAAAGGCACAUUGAGACGAGUUGAUGAAGUCUUCGACUGUUGGUUUGAAUCAGGUAGCAUGCCGUAUGCUAGCCAGCAUUAUCCGUUUGAGAACGUCGAAAAGUUCCAGAAGUCGUUUCCUGGAGACUUUAUUGCCGAAGGCCUCGAUCAAACAAGAGGGUGGUUCUACACUCUACUCGUGCUUGGGACGCAUCUAUUUGGCUGUUCGCCUUUUCAGAACUGUGUCGUGAAUGGAAUUGUACUGGCGGAAGAUGGAAAAAAGAUGUCGAAACGACUAAAAAACUAUCCAGACCCGUCUAUUGUCAUGGAUAAGUAUGGAUCCGAUGCUCUCCGACUUUACCUUAUUAACUCACCAGUUGUUCGAGCUGAACCGCUUCGUUUCAAAGAGUCCGGUGUAAAGGAAGUAGUGCAGAAAGUGCUACUUCCUCUUUGGAACAGUUUCAAGUUCUUUGAGGGACAAACCGCCUUGCUGAAAAAGGCGGAAGGAGUAGACUACAUGUGGAACCCAGACAUGGAAUCUGAAAAUGACAAUGUGAUGGAUCGCUGGAUUCUGGCAAGUUGCCAAAGCCUGCUUAAGUUCGUCAAUGAGGAAAUGCGAGGAUAUCGACUAUACACUGUUGUUCCACGUCUUCUUGAACUUAUUGAUAACACUACAAAUUGGUACAUCCGAUUCAAUCGUCGCCGUCUCAAGGGGGAAAAUGGUCUGCAGGAUACACAGCAUGCUCUAAACGCACUGUUUGAGGUUCUGUACACCCUUUGUCGAGGGUUGGCCCCGUUUACGCCGUUCUUGUCAGAUACCAUUUAUUUGAAACUACUCUCCCACAUUCCUCCGACGUUGCAAGCAAAAGAUCCUCGAAGUGUACACUUCCUACCAUUUCCAGAGGUCAGGCAAGAGCUAUUCAACUCGGAUGUCGAGAGGAGGGUCUCAAGAAUGCAACGAGUUAUUGAAUUAGCUAGGGUGUCUAGAGAACGAAGAAGCCUCGGUCUCAAGACCCCACUGAAGACAUUGGUCAUCAUACAUCACGAUCCUGAAUAUCUUGACGACGUCAAGUCUUUGGAAAAGUACAUCACUGAAGAGCUCAACGUUCGAGACCUAGUUCUUUCUGGAGACGAGGAAAACUACAACGUUCAGCUCAGUGUCACUGCAGACUGGCCGGUUCUCGGCAAAAAGCUGAGAAAAGACAUGGCUCGGGUGAAAACGGCCUUGCCGGGUCUUACCAGCGAACAAGUCCAGGAAUACUUACUGAACAAGGAGCUUUUGGUAGAUGGUAUUCGAUUAGAGGAAGGAGAUCUAGUAGUGCGACGCGGGUUGCGGGAGGAUGCCGCGUCGAAAAGUCUUGAGAUCAAUUCCGACAAUGAAGUUCUUACCAUCCUAGAUUCUGAAAUCUAUCCGGAGCUGGCGCAAGAGGGCCUGGCAAGAGAAAUUAUCAACAGAGUACAGAGGCUUCGGAAAAAGGCAGGGCUUCAGGCAACCGAUGAUGUCAAAAUGGAAUAUCGAGUCUUAUCCGACCCUGACAGUGUGGGUUUGACUGAAGUUUUUAGCUCUCAAUCCAGCACGUUCGAAAGGAUAUUACGGCGGCCCCUUGAACAGGUGCAGGAGAACGAUGCAUCGUCUGAAAUGAUUGUAGAGGAGGAGCAAGAACGUACUGUCACAUUUGUGUCGGUGGAACAUAUGACAGUGCAAUUGCCUCCUGCUUCUCCUGCAGAAGGAAUUCGCAGACGCAUUGUAAUCGGCCACGACACAUUUGCCAUAAACAGCAGCCUAACAAAACCCCUGGCAAAUGUUCAGCCGUCAACCAAUGGUCAAGACCAUAGUUUGGCCCAACGUCCUGGCCAAGUCAGCCCCAGCCAGACACAGCUAACGCAAGAACCUUAUUAUUCAAACAAAGAUAUCACAAUACUCCAUUCCGUUGUUUCCUUAGCUCAAGAUGAGUAUGAUCGAUCGCCUUUCCCGAAACCACUCCCAGCAGCUGUUCUAUUCAAGGCAUAUGACGAUGUACUCCCUACCUUUGGAAUUGACCCAGAUUCCGACCAUCAUCUGUCCGCCUUGGUGUUUCGUAUCGGGGGUGAGCAUGGUGUUGGGUCUUUGCUGGACAAGUUCGAGGCAAUCCUCAAGCGAAUGGGAAUAUUUCUUGAAUUUGGCGAGAAUACGACUAUAUCCGAACGUCCCUCUUAUUCGAGGUCUCCUUCUAUUAAGCUUGACAAGCAAGAUACCAUCGACCUUGCAAACGCGCUUGCAAAGGAUGCUUCUCGUGGGAAGUACGAAGAUCCGUCACCUGACCCUCCUUUGAGGUCAUCAACGCCGGGUCAUCACCAAGAGGAACAGUCUAGCCACGUCAUUGCGGAGGGAGUCACGGCUGUGGCUCAUACAACAACGUUCCAGGCGCCCCAUCGCCCGUCGAGUUGUAAUGAGGAACAUAAUGACAAUGCGCCCCCGGCAACCAUAGCCAAGGAAUUGGUCGAAUCGUCAUUCGGUAACCCCAAUAGACUGCGCGUAGCAGACAUAUCUGGGGUUGGCUUGACGCCAGUAGUAGACCACUGGCCUACCAUUGCAUCCAUCUGGGCAGGGCUCGACCAUGCUUCGGAUAAAAAGCCGCCUGCUACUUUUCGAGAGAAGUCACGAGACACUCUUCCAUUCAACAACGUGAAGUUGUCGACAUCUGCACUACUGGCGAAUGGCGAGACCCUCAAGACUGAUGCGAUGCUUGAUACAAAUCCAUCUGACUUGGACACUCUUGAGAAUACAUUUCUUGGAAAUAGAGCCGCGCGAGCACGCCAAAUUUUCCUUGCUAGCAAAGUCUUCAACAAGUGGGCUGAUGAGACUGCAAUUCAAGAGUCCCGAUAG